AUGAUUGCUGAAGAGGAAGUGACAGCUCAAGUAGCUGAUUUGAAAGUGGAGCAAACCUCAACUUCCAACCCCCCAGCUUCUGCGGGAACAAUUGGAUCCGUUGCAACUGAUGGAGAAGCAGAUGAAGGUGGUGAAGGAGGUGAAGAAGGUGAAACUGCUGCUAAAAAGAGUAAGAGUAAGAAGAAUAAAAAUAAGAAUAAGAAGAAGAAGAAGAUAACCACGAUUGAUAACUCGUAUGCUGAUGGGAAAUUUCCUGAAGGUGAAUGGAUGGAGUAUCCUCUUGAGGUAAAUCUGUACCGUACUACAAGUGAAGAGAAGAGAUAUGAUGAUCGUUUACUUAACAACAAAUGGGAAGACUUUAGAAAAGGUGCUGAAAUACAUAGAAGAGUAAGACAUAAGGCUAAAUCAUCUAUUAAGCCUGGUAUGACCAUGACUGAAAUAGCUGAUUUGAUUGAAAAUUCAACUCGUGCCUAUAGUGGAAAUGUUCAUACAAAGACUGCUGGUAUUGGAUUCCCUACAGGGUUAUCAGUUAACCAUAUUGCUGCUCAUUACACACCCAAUGCUGGUGAUAAGAAUGUAUUGAAACAAGAGGAUGUGAUGAAGGUUGAUAUUGGUGUGCAUGUCAAUGGAUGUAUUGUUGAUUCAGCCUUUACUUUAACAUUUGAUGACAAAUACGACAGUUUACUUCAAGCAGUCAAAGAAGCCACAAACACCGGGAUUAAAGAAGCUGGUAUUGAUGUACGGUUAGGAGAUAUUGGUGGAGCCAUUCAAGAAGUUAUGGAAUCGUAUGAGUUGGAAUUGGAUGGAAAGACUUAUCCUAUUAAAGCCAUUAGAAACUUGAAUGGCCAUAAUAUUGGUGACUAUGUUAUUCACGGAGGUAAAACUGUUCCUAUUGUUAACAACGGUGAUACCACUAAGAUGGAAGAAGGUGAGACUUUUGCUAUUGAAACUUUCGGAUCAACUGGUGAAGGAUAUGUUAUCCCUCAAGGUGAAUGUUCCCAUUAUGCUUUAGCUCAUGAAUAUCAAAAGGUACCAGUUAUGGGAGAUCGUUGUCAGAAAUUGCUUAGUUCUAUUGAAAGCAAUUUUGGUACUUUACCAUGGUGUCGGAGAUAUUUGGAACGUGCCGGAGAGGAUAAAUAUUUACUUGCCUUGAAUCAAUUGGUUCGUCAAGGAGUUGUGGAAGACUAUCCUCCAUUAGUUGAUGUUCGCGGUAGUUACACUGCUCAAUAUGAACAUACUAUUUUAUUGCAUCCUCACAAAAAGGAAGUUGUGUCCCGUGGUGAUGAUUAUUAA